AAUUAGUACAAAACAACUACAACAACCGAAGAGACGCUUCAGUUUUCCAAAACAGCAACUUUAUCAUCUCAAACUCAACUACUCUGUCUUCAUAUCUUCCUUUUGAAUAUCAAAACAAGAGCAAAUUCCUCAAACUGUACUCAUUUCUUCCCAGUUCUGUUUUGAGCUUAUUUCAAUUACUUGAAAAAACAUGGUCAAAAAAUGUGAAGGACUUGCUGUUGGAAUAGACCUUGGCACAACGUAUUCAUGUGUUGCAGUAUGGCAGGAGCAACACUAUCGAGUUGAGAUCAUUCACAACGAUCAAGGAAACAAAAUAACACCGUCGUGUGUUGCUUUCACUGAAGAUCAAAGGUUGAUUGGUGAUGCUGCUAAGAAUCAAGCUGCUUUCAACCCUCAAAACACUGUCUUUGAUGCUAAGAGGUUAAUUGGUAGGAAGUUUAGUGAUCAAGUGGUUCAAGAUGAUAUAAUGUUGUGGCCAUUUAAGGUCACUGCCGGUGUCAAUGACAAACCCAUGAUUACAGUUAAGUACAAGGAUCAGGAGAAAUAUAUGUGUGCCGAAGAAGUAUCAUCUAUGGUACUCACAAAGAUGCGAGAAAUUGCUGAGUCAUAUUUAGAAUCCCCGGUUAAAAAUGCAGUUGUUACUGUGCCAGCAUAUUUCAAUGACUCUCAGCGAAAAGCAACUAUAGAUGCAGGUGCUAUUGCUGGCCUCAAUGUUAUGAGGGUAGUGAACGAACCUACUGCCGCAGCUGUUGCUUAUGGCCUUGACAAGAGAACUGAUUGCGCUGAAGAGAGAAAUAUUUUUGUCUUUGAUCUUGGUGGUGGCACUUUUGAUGUGUCUCUACUAACGAUUAAAAAUAACAACUUCCGAGUUAUUGCAACUGCAGGAAACACUCACCUUGGUGGAGAAGACUUUGAUAAUAGAAUGGUGAACUACUUUGUACAAGAGUUCAAGAAAAAGAACAAACUAGACAUAAGUGGAAAUCCAAAAGCUUUGAGGAGGUUGAGAACAGCUUGCGAGAGAGCUAAAAGAUCACUUUCGUUCCUUGUUGUCUCCACUAUUGAAAUAGAUUCUUUAUUUGAAGGCAUUGAUUUUUGUUCCCCAAUCAAUCGUGCCAAGUUUGAGGAAAUAAAUAUGGAUCUUUUCGAUGAGUGUAUGAAAACUGUUGAGAGUUGUCUUACAGAUGCUAACAUGGACAAGAGUAAUGUAGAUGAUGUCGUCCUUGUUGGGGGGUCUUCUAGGAUUCCCAAAGUGCAGCAGCUAUUACAAGACUUUUUCAAUGGGAAAGAGCUGUGCAAAAACAUUAACCCUGAUGAGGCUGUAGCUUAUGGGGCAGCUGUUCAGGCUGCUUUGUUGAGUGAAGACGUUAAGAAUGUUCCCAAGUUGGUGCUGCAGGAUGUUACACCUUUGUCUCUAGGUAGGAAGGUGGUAGGAGAUAUCAUGGCUGUGGUGAUUCCUAGGAACACUUCCAUUCCUGUCAAGAAAACCGGACAAUUUUGUACAGGUGUAGAUAACCAAACCAGAUCCUUGAUAGAGGUUUAUGAGGGUGAGAGAACAAGAGCAAGUGACAACAAUUUGCUUGGUUCCUUUUAUCUUUCUGGUCAUACCGCUGCCCCUCGUGGCCACCCUGUCGAUGUUUGUUUCGCUAUUGAUGAAAAUGGUAUUUUGACAGUUUCUGCUACAAAUAAUGCUUCUGGAAAUUCGAAUCAGAUUACCAUAACCAAUUACAAAGAAAGGUUGUCAAGUGAAGAAAUAAAAAAGUUAAUUAAAGAAGCUGAGAAUUAUCAUAUUGAAGACAAGAAAUUCCUAAGGAAGGCCAAAGCAGUGAAUGCAUUGGAUGAGUACAUUUACAAAAUGAAAAUUUCUUUACAGAAGGAGGAUGUUAAUAUGAAGCUCUCGUCCGAGGAAAUUGGGAAUAUUGAAUCUGCAAUAACAGUGGCAACAAAUUUGCUUAGUGUGAAUCACCAGCAGGUGGAAGCAGAUGUUCUGGAGGAUCAUCUUAAAGGGCUCGAGAGUAGGAUGGAACAAAUUAUAGUCAAGACUAUUUAGUUUUUUAUUUAUUUUUUCUGUAUUGAUAUUUUAACCAUGGUCUUUCUGUUUAGCAGCAUUAUCUAAUACUAGUAGUUAAGUAAGUUUUGUUGAAGUUUAAAGUGGAAAUUGUUACUUUCAGUCAGCUAUAUAAACUAGCAUCAACUUGCUGAAACUGUGAUGUAGGUACUCCUGUUUCCGUUGCAGUUAUUUUAUAUUUUAUAUUUUAUUUUAUUAGUUUACAAAGCAAACCAAAUAUGAAAGGCUUUUACUUUAGUCUUCUUCAAUGGCUGUAAUCAGUUGGUUGAUAUAUUGAAGUUUUAAAGUUUUAAGC